CAAAAAAAAAGUGGGUAGGUAAACUUACGGGGAGAGUGUAGUAAUAGUAACCAGCUACAACCUGCAGGACACAUCUAUUUUUUUUAUAGGUCGGGCUAGGUAUAAUGUUUAUUGUUUAGAAACACAAAUAUGAAAUAGGUAAAUAAUAUUAAUAUAUUAUAUUAUACUAUUACAGGUUAUUAUCAUAGACAUAUGAAUAAUAUAUAUUUAUUUAUAUGUCUAUGGUUUUUAUAGAUUUUUCAUAUUUGGCUCGUUUUUUCAAACUUGCCUCAUCACUUCGAGGGCGUCAAACAGGACAUCCAUUCAAUUUCUUUGACGAAUUUCAUAAUCCGUCAUUUUUUUUACCACUGAUAAUUUGUAUGAAUUGAUCAUAGAUAAUAAAGUCUUUUAUCUUUAUUAUCUAUGGAAUUAAUAUUUAAAUUUGAUGUUAUCCUUAUCAUUACGGUUUAUACUUAAUUUAUAUCAGCCAUAAGUUAGUUAAUCGUGAUAUCAGCAUAACAGAAAAAUCGUUAUUCAGUAAUUUUCACUCAUUGUUUAUUAACUUUAAGAAUUAGAGAAAUUACUGUACAAUGGCGGCUAACGCCAAUGUUGUCAAUAAUAAUUGCCGAACAAUUAAAAUUUAUGAUGUAGUUAUACCUGUUACAUUAUAUUAUCACGUUCAGCUGAGAAUGUUGAGAUCUGUAUGCAAUGAUGUAAAGCCAAAAUAUUGGUGACUACAACUGACUAGGUACUGUUGAGGAUUGCUGACCGGUUGUAUGUGAGUACUACUUUCAUACACCACUAACUGCAAGAUGGUUGACAAAUUGGACAAAUACAUUGACAGUUACUCUAAGGAAUGGUACCAGGCAUUCCUGCUAUUGAUGAUGGCCGGCACACCAGGGAUAUUUAACGCUAUACAGAUCUCAUCGUACGUGUUCCUAGUUGACAAACCUUCAUACUGGUGUGAUGUACCUGUUUUGAAAGCGGCAGGGUGGAGUGACCAAAUGCUCUUAAAUGUUUCUACACCGUAUCAAAAUUAUUCAUCAAAAAAACUUGAAGAAUGUUUUUAUUACAAUCGAAAUUAUUCAAUAUUUGCCAAAAAUGGUUACAAUUGGUCAAUGAAUAAUUUAGAAACUGCCAAUUUAAAACCUUGUCAAUAUUAUAGUUACAGUAACACAGACACUGUUGUAACUGAAUGGAAUUUAGUUUGUGAAAAUGUAGCAAUGAAGUCAAAUAUUCAAGCAGUUAUGGCUUUUGGAAAGUUUGUUGGUGGACUUUUAUUUGGUUCAAUAUCAGAUGUAUAUGGCAGAAAGUUUGCUUUUAAUUUGGCAGCUUUUAUUUACAUGUUUUCAGGACCAUCUGCUGCUCUGAUUGAUUCAUAUGUAUUAUUUUUAAUUGCGAGAUUCUUGAUAGGUGUUGCUGGAUCUGGAAUUUAUGAAUCAUCAUAUACAAUAUUGACUGAGCUGACAAGUGGUAAAACUCGUACUUUACUUUGUCUCUUGAUGAAUAUGUCAUAUCCAAUUGGUUAUAUUUUGUUAUCAAUUAUUGCUUAUUAUGUACGACCAUGGAGAAUGUUGCUUUUAGUUUUGUCUUUGCCCAUGUUUGGAUUGUUGAUACAAUGCUGGUUUCUAUCAGAAUCUCCAAAAUGGUUGAUGUCUCAAGGUAGAGAAAGCCAGGCUUGGAAAGUGAUGACUAAGCUUGUUCCUUCUGCUGUUCAUGCUGACAUAGAUAAUGAUAACCAGGAUAAUAUGUUUGAAAUUAGAAAGUCAAAAAAGAGUCAAGGGAAAUGUAAUGAGUUUCUGUCCACUUUUACUACAUUGUUUUCUACUUGGGAUUUAUCUGUCAAGACGGGUAUUUCUUUUUCUUGUGGAUUCGUUUGUGGCCUAUCAUAUUACGUUAUUGCAUUAAAUGGUGAUAAUAUUACUGCUGAUCGUUACUUAUAUGUUGCAUUGAAUGGAGUUGUCGAAGGCUUAGCAUACUUAUCAACUAUUCCAUUAUUACUUUAUGUUGGACGCAAAAUAGCAGUUUCCGGCUUAUUUUUUGCAUCCGGAAUAUUGCAGCUUGCAUUGUUAACAAUACCACAAGAAAGUGCAAAUUUUUUAUUAUUUGUUGCUUUACUUGGAAAAUUUUGUGUGAGUGCAGUAUUUUCAGUUAGUUUGCUUUAUAUAUCAGAGUUAUAUCCAACUACAAUAAGAAACACCGGCCUUGGAACAUCAUUGACCAUUUCUCAAAUAGGAUCUGUUAUUGCACCAUAUGUAGUUGAACUAUUGGGAGCAAAAGCUUGGUACAUUCCAAGUACGGUGUGUGGAAUGUUAGGCAUUUUCGUUUCAAGUUUGGUUCUUAUGUUGCCCGAAACAAAGGGAACAGUAUUACCAGAUACUCUAGAAGAUAUGAAAACUACUAGUUCUGUUAAAGUUACCAAUUGUUGUAAGUUUUAGUGCUUUUCGCCAUUAUGUUACUUUUAUAAA